CCGAGAGUUCCCCAAAAAAAAAACCCUUUCCUCGAGUGCUUCCUGUGAAGAGUGACACAUCUACAGAGCUGCAGCUCCCAUAAGUCCGAGCUGACGUUGUGACAGUGAACGCAGCAGCAGCAGCUCAGUCAGAGGAGUCUCAGGAGGAGGAUGGCCGGUCUGUGGAGAUCCUACCAGGCCCUGAUGAGCAGAUACCCCUGGACGGUUCAGAUAGUGACGGCCGGGUCUCUCGUGGGACUCGGUGAUGUCAUUUCCCAACAGUUGAUCGAGAGACGAGGACUCGCUCAACACAACGUGAAGCGGACGGCCAAGAUGAUGAGCAUCGGGUUCUUGUUCGUGGGUCCGGUCGUCGGGAGUUGGUACAAAGUUCUGGACAAAGUCGUCGUUGGAGGAAGUAAAAGUGCAGCGAUGAAGAAAAUGCUGCUUGAUCAGUUGUGUUUCGCUCCGUGCUUCCUGGGAGCGUUCCUCGGUAUCUCUGGCGCUCUGAACGGACUGACGCUGGACGACAACAUCACCAAGCUGAAGAGGGACUACACCGACGCCCUCAUCUCUAAUUACUACCUCUGGCCUCCAGUGCAGAUCGCAAACUUCUACUUCAUUCCUCUUCAACACAGGUUGGCCGUGGUCCAGAUUGUUGCUGUGGCCUGGAACUCCUACCUGAGCUGGAAGGCCAAUAAGAUGUGAAGGACGAUCACAGUGCAGCCUGUUGGGUUGUUGUUGCUGAUGCCGACGAUUUUGCACACAUUUUGUAUUGUGUGUGUGUGUGUAACUUACUUUAGGCUUGUGAUCGUCUUGUGAUAUUUGUGACGUGUAAAACUGAGUCAUUGAUAAAGGUCGAGUGAAAGUGCUCGUCUUCUCUGAAUGACAAAUUCACACUUGAAAGUCAAACUUGAA